GGCAUGCAACCGCGUGUUGCAACAAGAAAGCUAAGCAGCAAUAGCGGCGCUUGUCAAACAUAUUGGUUUAGCUUACCAAUAAGUUACCGCGCUGCAGCCCUGCUCGCGGGGCUGUUUCGCGUUGCCAACCGGACUCCAUACGGUUUGCUCGGCGCUAAUAACUUGCUUGCACAGUAGAUUGGCGUGCUCUUAAAAGUUGUUAUGAUAGGUAUUGGGUUAGCAAGUAAUGGGAGGGGCGGCCUUUUAUUUCGCCGUGGCUGCGGUUGUGGGAAUGCGCUGACAUCUAUCACCCGCCCGGGCCUUUCAUGGUGGCCAUUGUCAAACAGGUGCAGGCUCAGUUCAACCGCAAUGGCUCCAAUUACUUCGAGAAGGCGGAGGGGGAUCAACAUGAGAAGAAGGGUAGGCUUGGGGUCCGGACGCAACACCACGGUUGUGGGAAUGGGGCGACCGUUUGCCCAAUUUUCGCCCACCAGGUCGCGGUUAGUAUCAAUAUUUUGCGUCUUGUAGCUACAACUUUUGUUCUUUCAGUGCGAUUGCAGUUCAUGAUAAUAAACCAAGCCGUGCGCUGGUAUCAACAAUUUUAAAAAAUUUGCCUUUCCCGACUGCGCUCGUCACUCCUCUUCUGUCCACUCCUUUUUUUGCUACCAUUAUGCUACCAUAGCGCAAUGCAAGCAUCUGCGCGCAGCAGCAAGAGAUCGGGGUGCAUGACGCGGUUGCAGGCUCAGUUCAACCGCAAUGGCUCCAAUUACUUCGAGAAGGCGGAGGGGGAUCAACAUGAGAAGAAGGCUGGCGCGUGGAGUGAGGACAAGACCAUUCCCAUCCCACCGCCAGCCCUGUCAGCGGAGAUGGAGGCAGAGCUGCGGCGGGUCCACGCUGAAGAGGAGGCAGCUCAGGCGCGGGCAGACAAGGCCCGCGCUGAAGGGGAGGCAGCCCAGGCGGGCAGCAGCCACACCAGCAGCGGCGAGCGGCCACCCAGCAGCAGCGCGGCGGCACUAGCAGCAGUGGCCACUGCAGCACCGCCUUUGGAGCAGCCGGGGCCAUCACGCAAACGUGAGCGAGAGCCAACAGCGGAUGAGCAGGACGACUUGAAGUACUACCAGUUCAAGGGCAUGUGGAGGGACCUAGACACUCCGCACAAGAGGCGGUUUGUCGCGUCCGUCAUGGGUGCAGGGAGCCCGAUGGAGAAGCUGGCUCCCUCCCCGCCGCCGCCGCCGCCGCCGCCGCUGCAACCCCAGCCACCCCAGCCGCCCCAGCCGCCGCCCCAGCUGCCCCAGCCGCAGCAGCAGCCAAAGCAGCCGCAGCAGCCACCGACACAGCACGAACCACAACCUACAGAGGCCAGUGGCGGUGGUGGCUGCAGCGGCAUUACUGGUGCCGCACCAGCAGCAGCCACGGCGCCCUCGUGCGGCAGCGGCAGGGGCAGCAGCCGGCCUGAGCCAGGUGGUGGUGGUGGGCCCCCACCCCACACACCCUUCGUUCCCAGCAGGCUGGGGUCGGGAGGCAGUGUGUCGCCUGAGGCGCUGGCGGCGUCGGCUGGGGUCAGUAGCAGGUGUGCGGGUGGCUCGCUGCGGUGCAGCGGCAGUGCCACUAACUUGCUGCAGACUCAGCAGCAGGGGCUUGGUGUGGCUGCUGGGUUUGCAGCAGCAGGGGAGAACCUGAUGGCGGCGGGGCUUCAUGGCUCCCAGCCCCUAUCCCCAGGGCUGUCGCAGCAGGCGCCGCCGCAGCAGCGGGAAGAGGAGGGGGAGGAGGAGGCGUCGGGUGGGGAGGGUAAGGAGGAGGGAGGGAGGGGUGAUGAGGCGGCGGCGUGCCUACCACCACCACCACAGGUGCUGCUGCCGCCGCCACCGCUGCCUCUGGACCCCAGCAGCCAGCUGUUCGAGGGUAGCAUGUCCCAGGCAGAGGUUGCUGACGCAGCCGAUGUGUUCUACGACCUGAAGCACGAGGCAGCAGCAGCAGAGGAGGAGGAGGAGGAGGCAGCGGCGGAGGAGGAGGGCACGGCAGCCACGGAGGCCACGGAGGAGGGUGGGGAGACCACAGCAGCCGCAGCAGCAGCCGCUGCCGCCGCCGCAGCAGCAGCAGCAGCAGCAGCGGCAGGAGCAGCAGCAGCGCCGGGUGCUGUUGAGCCUUCGUUCCCUCGGCUGGUUGAGUCUCAGCACAUCGACGCCGCCCUGAACCCUGGGGAAAACAACGUCGGUGGCGGCGAGACCAUCACUGGGACGGGCUUCUACGGCACCAUCAACGCUGCCUGCACCAUGCAGAUCUUCUUGGUGCUGUUCGGCAUCCUGAGCGGCGCCUUUGCCUGGCCUGUAAUGUUUGAUGCUGGUGUGGGCCUGGGCAGGCCACUGGUGGCGGCCUUCACUCGGGGCCUGUGCGCAUACGCGUACGGCAACGACUCCUGCCCGUCCAGGGUGGACAAGGCCAUCAAGUUCAUGCGCAUGUUCGUGGAGUUCAUCAAGGGCAAGGGCGUGAAUGUGACUGCCCAGUUCCUGGCGCGGCGACCUGCUGUCUUCGCCAUGACAAUGGAGGACAUGGCCAAGGUAACCCAAGGCCUGGAGGGCGUCACGCACGUGUUCACGUUCUGGCAGGGCAUCCCCGCCUCAGCAAAGAAUGCGCUGGGGGCCAUGUUUGCGGCCUCGUCCACAACCGUGGGCAUUGCGGUCGUGGACAAAGGAGCAGGAGUGCUCAUGGAGCGGCAGCUGAGACAGCACGGGUUUGGGCCACUGGAGCUGGUGAAGCAGUUUGCUGUGCGCAUGUACGGCAGCAACUCCCAGAAGCAAGUGUGGGUGUUCAAGAAGCCCGGCGCAGUGUACAGGGAGCUGCCGGAGGAGAAGCUGGUGGACUACGCCCCCUACGUCCACCAGCCGCGCCUGCCCGUCCCCCCGCGCAUUGAGUGGAUGCACGCGCUGUACCAGGCGGCGCUGGCGGAGGAGGCGCGGAAGUAUAAGCUGUCUGUCGCAGAGGGCAAGGGAGAGAGGGACAGGAGGCCGCCCCAGAGGUUUGGCUUCUCGUAGUGAGCAAGAUGUUCUGUAGCAGCAGAGGAGGAGGCAGGCAGGCGGGAAGGGACUGGAGUGGAGUGGAGUGGAGUGGAGUGGAGUGGAGUGGAGUGGAGUGGAGUGGAGUGGAGUGGAGGCGGAGGCAGCGGCAGAGGCAGAGGCAGAGGCGUGUGUGCCCACAUUCAUUCAUGAUGCAUUGCAAAGUGUCAAGAACAUACUGUACCUAUGAUUAAGCGUUUUGAUUAUGAAGUAAUGAAGGGUUUGCGCGGGCGCGGGGCGGUAGAAGCGAUGAGGGAAGAGGCGUGCGAGGGCAUGCGGCCGCGCCGGGGGGAGAGCAGGAGGGGAGAGGGGGACGGCGAAGUCCGGAGCGAGUUCGCUAAGUCAGUGCAGUGUUUACCUGGUGACUCAAUGCAAAUAUAUAAUACAACUGAUCAUUUAAACAUGUAAUUUAUCAGCUGG